UUUCGUGAAAACCCUUGCCCUGAACCAAAGUUGUUAAAUACAUUCACAAAUCACAACACACAUUCCAAUUCCGAAAGUUCCUAAAUUCACCGUUCCAGUCCUAAUUUAAUCCAAAUUCACCGUUCCAGUCACCAAAUCCCACGCCACUCUCUCCCUUUACCCCCAAAAUAUUUUUCUCAGAUAUCCCUAAAUUCUCUUUCUCCUCCCUCUUCUUUCCCUCUCCCCAAAAACAACACACAAUUUCACACACCCACAAGAACUAAACACACCAAAGCUCAAAUCUUUUUUUUUUUUUUAAAAUUAUCACCCAUCAUUAUUACAAGAUUAUUACCCAUGUUCGAUUUUCUUGGAUGAUGCUUUCCUUUUUUUACAGUAGCAGUAGCAGGAACCUCUUCCUAGAUAUUGCAGCUGUCGAUAAUAUUUCAAAAUUUUCUUGGCCAAAACCCCAACUUUUGUUCAAUGCAACCCCACGAUCUCCACCUGUAAACCCUCCCUAGACAAUCCCUUCUCCGAUCCCCCUCACUAUCAUGUCCGACCCACAGCCCUCCUCGAUCCAACACGAUACAAACAAUACCCACUCGGAAAGCAAAGCUGAAAACAACUAUAACAACAGUAAUAGUAAUGCUAAUAACAGUAGUAGUAAUAAUAAUAUAGUUGUCAAGAGAGAGAGGCCGGCGAGGGAGUGUACGAAAAGGGCAGCGGCGAGGUUACAGGCGGCAGCAGCGGCGGAGGCGGAGGCUGCUGCUGCAGUGAGGAAGAAAAAGUCUGGAGUUAGGAAAGAAAGGUUAGCGGCUAGGUUAUUGAGGGAUGAGGAGGAUGAGGAGGAGAAGUUUCUAGAAGGUGAUAAUGAUGAUGAGGAAGGCGAAGAAGACGGGUCGCCAUCUUCGUCAAGGCAACAAUGCAGCAAGAUUGUCACACAGCUUGUGGGAGAGCCCGAGCCUUCGCAGUUGCCACGGUGGAACCUGCGGUCCAUGUGGCAGUUAGCUUCCAUAUUGAAUUUCUUGAAUGUUUUUAGGCCUUUGUUAAAUAUUAGAGUGGAGUUCUCAGCGGAGGAAUUUGAAACAGCAUUGAUUACUCCAAAUGAUACACUUGGUGAUAUACAUAUGCCUUUGCUAAAGGUUGGUGAUUUUGUCGUAAUUCAAUUGCUUUUGAUGCAAUUUGAGCUUUUACAUACUCAGGUUUGGUGCUGCAUUCACUUAGUAUUUGAUGGUUCCUACUUAACUCUAGUUCUCUUUGGUGUUGUGGCGACUCCUUAUACUAAGUGUAAUGGUUUUUUGUAUUUGUGAACCUUUAGA